GUGACGAUGCAAUAACCGGAGAUACGGACAAGUACUUGGGGCCGCAGGAUCUCAAAGAGCUGGGAGAUGAUUCUCUGCCUGCAGAAGGAUACAUGGGCUUCAGUCUAGGCGCCCGAUCUGCCAGUCCUAAGGUCAGCCUCCGCUCCUUUAGUUCGGCUGGGUCCUACACUCUGAACAGAAGCUCCUUCGCUCGGGACAGCAUGAUGAUUGAAGAGCUGCUGGUGCCAUCAAAAGAUCAGCACCUGACAUUUCCAAGGGAGUUCGACUCUGACUCGCUCAGGCAUUAUAGUUGGGCUGCAGACACCCUGGAUAACGUUAACCUUGUCUCCAGUCCCAUUCAUUCUGGUUUUUUGGUUAGCUUUAUGGUGGAUGCUCGUGGAGGUUCCAUGAGGGGCAGCCGUCACCAUGGCAUGAGGAUUAUCAUUCCCCCACGAAAAUGUACGGCACCCACCCGCAUCACCUGCCGCUUGGUAAAGAGGCACAAACUGGCCAGCCCUCCACCAAUGGUUGAAGGAGAAGGAUUGGCUAGUAGACUGGUGGAAAUGGGGCCUUCAGGUGCACAAUUCUUAGGUCCUGUCGUAGUGGAAAUCCCCCAUUUUGGAUCGAUGCGCGGGAAAGAAAGAGAAUUGAUAGUGCUUCGGAGUGAAAACGGUGAGACGUGGAAAGAGCACCAGUACGACAGCAGGCACGAAAACCUCAGUGAAAUCCUCAAUGGCAUGAAUGAAGAGCUGGACAGUGCUGAAGAACUCGAGAAGAAACGUAUCUGCAGAAUUAUCACAAAGGACUUCCCUCAGUACUUUGCAGUGGUUUCACGGAUCAAGCAAGAAAGCAACCAGAUUGGUCCCGAGGGUGGUAUCUUGAGCAGCACGACCGUGCCGCAGGUUCAGGCUUCAUUUCCAGAAGGAGCGUUAACCAAAAGAAUACGAGUGGGACUUCAGGCUCAACCAGUUCCAGAUGAAACCGUCAAGAAAAUUCUUGGCAACAAAGCAACUUUCAGUCCCAUUGUUACCGUGGAACCCAGAAGAAGAAAAUUCCAUAAACCAAUCACCAUGACGAUCCCCGUGCCGCCCCCAUCUGGGGAAGGGAUAACCAAUGGAUACAAAGGCGACACCACACCCAGCCUUCGACUACUAUGUAGUAUCACAGGCGGUACUUCACCAGCUCAGUGGGAAGAUAUCACAGGCACGACUCCACUGACCUUUGUGAACGACUGUGUCUCUUUCACAACCAACGUUUCAGCCAGAUUUUGGCUAGCAGACUGCCAUCAAGUUCUUGAAACUGUCGGGCUGGCCACACAACUUUAUAGGGAACUAAUAUGUGUCCCAUACAUGGCCAAGUUUGUGAUUUUUGCCAAAAUGAACGAUGCUGUAGAAUCCAGUUUGCGUUGCUUCUGCAUGACGGACGACAAAGUGGACAAAACGUUGGAGCAGCAGGAGAAUUUUGAAGAAGUUGCCAGAAGCAAAGAUAUCGAGGUUCUAGAAGGAAAGCCCAUUUAUGUGGAUUGCUAUGGGAAUCUGGCCCCUCUGACAAAAGGAGGACAGCAGCUUGUAUUUAAUUUUUAUGCUUUCAAAGAAAACAGACUGCCAUUUUCUAUCAAGAUUAGAGACACCAGCCAAGAACCUUGUGGUCGCUUAUCCUUUUUGAAAGAACCAAAGACUACAAAAGGUCUACCACAAACAGCCGUUUGCAACUUAAACAUCACUCUGCCAGCACACAAAAAGGAAACAGAGUCAGAUCAAGAUGAUGAGACGGAGAAAACAGACCGGCGCCAGAACUUCGUCUCCCUUGCUUUACGUAAGCGCUACAGCUAUCUGACUGAACCUGGAAUGAGUCCGCAGAGUCCAUGUGAACGGACAGAUAUCAGGAUGGCAAUUGUGGCUGAUCACCUGGGACUUAGCUGGACGGAACUGGCAAGAGAACUGAAUUUUUCCGUCGACGAGAUUAAUCAGAUCCGUGUCGAAAAUCCAAACUCUUUGAUUGCUCAGAGCUUCAUGUUGUUGAAGAAAUGGGUGGUCAGAGAUGGGAAAAAUGCUACAACUGAUGCCUUAACCUCUGUAUUGACAAAAAUCAAUCGGAUCGACAUCGUAACUCUGUUGGAAGGACCAAUAUUUGAUUAUGGAAACAUUUCAGGCACCAGAAGCUUUGCGGAUGAAAACAAUGUUUUCCAUGAUCCUGUUGAUGGUUAUCCCACCAUUCAAGUGGAACUGGAAACUCCCACUGGGCUGCGCUUCGUGCCGCCCACCCCUUCCCAUCAAGAUGAUUUCUUUAGCGAUUUCUCUAGCAUAGAGUCACCCUUUAGAACUCCCAGUAGACUGAGUGACGUGGUAGUAACUUCGCAGGGAAAUAUAGAUGAUACAGCAGCAGUACCUCCAGUGGUGACAGAAGAAGACACAUCACUGGAAGAAUGCAAGCGUGAUUUCUCAGUGCCUAGAGAAGGAACAUCUAAAGAUGUAGGCCAGAUCCAGAUGGAAGAAAUGGACCUUAAUACCUGCCCUCGGUACCUUGGUAGUUAUGCUGGAAUAUUAGAGCAAACUCUAAGCAAAGAGUCUAGUCCAACCUUAAUAAGAACUGAACAGCAUGAGAGAGAAAAGUCUGGUACUGAUGAGGAGAUGACGGAAGAAAAGCUUAAAUCUCUGUUUGAAGACAUUCACCUUGAAGAGUUAGUUGAGUCUGAGGAGAUGACGGAAGAAAAAGUGUGUUUUAUUCUUAAGUAUGUUCAGCAGGCAGAACAGGAAAUGUCUUCAAUUACAGGUUGGCAGAGCGAAGGCUCCGGUGUCAACGUAGAACAACCAACGCCGGCACGCAAAAUAAGCGGUGAAUUGCUAGAUCGGCUGGAUAACAGGCCCGACCAAUGCAGAGAUUCUAUUACCUCAUAUUUCAAAGGAGAAGCUGGAAAAUUGGAAGCCAAUGGCAACUACUCUGACCCAACAAUGGAGGCAAAGACUAAGCCUUUUGCUCAGGAGUCUGCAAAUGGUCUAGGAAAGCAGAGCGACAAGGAAACUGUGAAACCAAAAAUGCAAAGUUCUGUCCGUACUGAAGAGCAAACGAUAUCCUUAGCAUCGCAUCAGAAAUCUUUGCAAGAGGCUAGCAAGCUAGCAGUUGAUGCAUCUAAAACCUCUGUGCCUGUCAGCAUGAAAAAGAUGAGCUGGAACACUUCCGAGGAAAGCAAGCCAAGACCAAAAGCCCAUGAAGUGGAAGGAGCGGCAGCGUUCGAACAGAAGGAGUUUAGUGAGAGUGACAGUGACAUUGAGAUUCAGAGUGAUUCAAGCUCAGAGGAAGAACAGAGAAUCACGACGAGAGUUUAUCGACGCCGUCUGAUUCUUAAGGGUGAGGAAGCAAAAAACAUUCCUGGUGAAUCUGUUACGGAAGAACAGUUUACUGACGAAGAAGGCAACGUCGUCACCAGAAAAGUUACCCGGAAAGUAUUAAGGCGUCUUGUUAUCCCACAUGAGAAAAAACACGGUGAAAUGCAGGGAGAAGGUUAUAAGGUGAAGAUGAAAAAGGAAGUCCGACAUGUAGAGAAGACGUCAUAUUCAUAACAACCAAACAGCAAAUGGACUGUGUGCGCUAUUACUGCCAGUAUUCUAGGAAGAAAGGAAGAAAAAAACAAAAUCAACAGGAAUGAUAAAGUCACUGAUAAAAGCGUGUGUGCGUGUGUGUGUGUGCUGCUUCCACACAUUAACCGCAUGGUUUUUAUGCGAAAAGGAGAGAAAAAACCACAACAAAAAAAUAAUCUAAUUUAGCAUGAGCCAGUUCUUCAAGAGCAUGGAAAUUCACUUUCACUCACGGCAUUGGAGAGUUUGCAAAUGGCGGACCAAUGCACUGUAUAUACAAGAUGCCACGCUGGAAUAGCUUCUUUCCGGCCACUGGAAGUCGUCGCAAAACAAAAAGAAUUCCUGUAGCAAGGGGUGCGGGGGUGGGGAAAUGAAUCAACACUGAAAAAUGGUUUGAACCACAGAAAGACACUAAAUUUUACUAAAAUCCACACAACAGCUCGCCUUAUUUUUCUUGGACCCAAACUGUCAGGGUAAUAAAACACUCUUUUGUUUCUUUUUUAAAAAAAAUAAAUAACUGACAUCGAUAAUUUCACUGUAAAUAAAUAACGCUGUAUAAAUCCUCAGUAGAUUCAAUGUUGAUUAAGGCACUGGCUCUAAGCUCACCAACCGGAAUACUGCAUUCGUGUCGAACAGAAAUCAGUGUCUCAACAUGGCUUACACCUGCAGGGAUAUUCUGGGUGUAUCUUCACGGAUUCUUGUAUAUUUAGCGAUUAUAAUGUUUGUAUAUGCAAAAAUGCUAGCUUGAUUUUAAAAAAAUCUUUAAAAUCCACUGCAAAUUUAAUGAUUCCUAAGAUGAGGAAUUCUGUAGUUCUGUGAAAAAAAAUGAUUUUUUUUUUCCUUCUUCAGAGUACUAAUAUUUUGGUGCAUGCGUUUCACCUUAUUUUGAUGAAAUCUUUUUCCAGUUUUGCAAACACUAGACCGCAACUUGAUAAAUAAGAUUCUGAAGGGGGGGGGGGGUUGCCAUUCACCAAGCACGGCCUCUGAGCCAGUCCCCGUUUGUUUAAAGAGGGUGUGGAGGGGACUCUGGCACAUGUGCUGCUGAAACAAGGGGCACUUGCCCAGGCAGCAGGGCUUGCUGGAAGUGGGGUGUGUGCCCUUUCUCUACAAAUACAUAGAUAGCCCUUCAUCUAAUAUUUGUUGCCGUUGCCAAUUUUUUUCGAUGGAGAUGACCUAAAAUUUAAAGAAGAUAUAACAUCUACAGUAGUUGCAUUGUAGGAAAAGGGGGGGGGGUGCUAUCUGUUCUUGCUUUAUACCCCGGGGUGGGGGUGGGGGAAUGCUUGCAGCUUUUAGAGAUGGGUUGGUGCUCUUGUAAGCAUACGUUUGGGAUAUUUAAAAACAAAAAAAAAGAUAAACGAAGAGAAAUUCUUAGAUCUCAGACUGGCGGCACGCUGUAAAAAUGAAAUAUUACUGUAUUGUGUACCGGCUCUAAGAUGUAGAAUCUUUAAAUAAGCCAAUCAUCUGUAAUCAUUCUAGCCGUGUCAUCUUAGGUUGUUAAGGCUGCUGUGUUUUAAAGGGCAUUUUUUAUUUGGGUUUUUUUGUGAAAUACUUUAAUUUGUUAAUUAUCUUCAUAUGAAAACAGAAUUCAUCGAUAAUAGCUCUAAUUACAUAUGUAUGAGGAAAAAAAACCACUGGAUGAUCUAGUUGAUUAUUUAAGCAUAAAAUAAAUUGUGUUAAAACUCUUCACUCAUAUGGAUAUUGUAAUAUUAUUAUAUGCUCAAGAUGUACACCAAAAUAGUCACAAGUUACCAUCUGAGUGGUGGGUUCUUGUUCCCGGGUGGCCGUUACUUCACUCUCGUUUCUUGGCAUCUCCAAUUUCUCCACCCUUCCUUGACUUUGACCCCUUCCCUCGGGCUUUGCUCCCCCUUGCU